CCUAACAUGCGGCUGCGGCUGCUCGUGUCCGCGGGCGUCCUGCUGGUGGCCCUGUUGCCCUGCCCGCCAUGCAGAGCCCUCCUCAGCCGGGGACCCGUCCCGGGAGCCCGCAAGGCCCCGCAGGUCCCCCAGCCCCUGGAUUUCCUCCAGCCGCAGCCCGAGCAGCCCCAGCAGCCGCAGCCCCGGCCGGUUCUGCUCCGCAUGGGAGAAGAAUACUUCCUCCGCUUGGGGAACCUCAACAAGAGCCCCGCUGCCCGGCUGUCGCCUGAGUCCUCUCCCCUGGCCGGCGACGGCGGCAGCCGCCCCUCGGCGGACCAGGCAGCAGCCAACUUUUUCCGCGCGCUGCUGCAGCAGCUGCAGCUGCCUCGGAGCUCGCUCGACAGCCGCGCGGGUCCCGCGGAGCGCGGCGCCGCCGACGCCCGCGGCGGCCACCAGGAGGCGCUGGAGAGGGAGAGGCGGUCCGAGGAGCCUCCCAUCUCCCUGGAUCUCACCUUCCACCUGCUGCGAGAAGUCUUGGAAAUGGCCAGGGCCGAGCAGUUAGCGCAGCAAGCUCACAGCAACAGGAAACUGAUGGAGAUCAUUGGCAAAUGAAACGGUGCGUUUGGCCGGAAAAAAGUCUGCAUUUAGC